GCUUGACAGAUUGUUUUUCUUGUCAAUGGUUUAGUUUUAUUGGUGUGUGGUUUUAUUUUGUAUUUUGGUAAUUAUAAAAGAAACGGUACGCGAUUUUUCAAUGUUUAAGUCAUUAGAACUCAAACUUAUAUAAGGUGUAUAUGCUGGCCAUAAUGGGGUUGUCUUAGUAUAAGUGAUGGGACAUUCAUUGUGAUUGUUAUGUAUCACACAACACUUGCUAGGUGAACUCUAAUCUUUACCAGCAUUUUUAGUUUAUUUGGAAUUAUAGAAUUAUUUUACAAUGGGAGGUGGAGAUUUGAAUUCAAAAAAGUCAUGGCAUCCAAAUACGAUGAAGAAUCAGGAACGUGUUUGGAAGGCAGAACAGGCUGCGGCUGAGGAGAAGAAACGGAUGGUGGAGCUACAGCGCGAGCGAGCUGAGGAGCGGGACAGAGCUGAACUGAAGGGCCUCAUGAAGAACAACAGCGCUGCCACUAAUAAUGACGACCGAUUGUCCUGGAUGUAUGAUAAACCUGAUAAGAAAGUGGAUGAAGAAGCAUACUUACUUGGGAAGUCAAUUGAUAAAAAUGCUGAGCACUCAGAUAAGUUAGAACAAGAUGCGAUACCAGCCGUGUCUCGCAGAGUAGUUGGCUCUAGCAUGUUGACAACGGCUGGAGAUGCACAAGUAGAUAUGUCCCGGAAAAUUCGUGAAGAUCCCUUGCUCUUGAUUAAAGAACGUGAGCGAGCUGCUCGUGCAGCCCUACUGAAUAAUCCUUUGCAACGUCGCCGUUUAACGGAGUUACUUAAAAAAGAACAGGAAUCAAAAAAGGAAGUCAAAUCUAAGAAAACACAUAAAAAGAAAGCCAAGAAGAGCCUUGACGAUCUUUUGGCUGCCAAACUUAAUGCAUUAGGUGGAAAGAAGGAUAUAGAUUUGGCAACUCUUUUACAUUCUUCUGAUUCUUCUGAAUCCUCUGAAUCUGAUUCAUCUCCAGAACGUAAGAAAAAGAAUAAAAAGAAGAAAAAGAAGGCAAAACAAAAGAAGAAGAAAAAGAAAGAAAGUAAAUAUUCUUCAGAUAGUAGUGAUAGUGAGGAAGAUAAAUCAUCAAAGAAAAAGUCCAAGGUAAAGCAGGCGCAUAGUAGUAAGAAAUCGUCUGAACACCAAAGUCGUGAGAAAUCACCUGAACGCCAUAGUCGUGAUAAAGAAUAUAGAAAAAGGAAAAGUUCUGAGGACUCCGAUAAUGAAGUUGUCUCUAAGAAACGGAAAAAGGAUGCUUCUGAAAGGCAUGAACAGGAGACUGAUGAUAGGAAAUCACGCUAUUACGACAAAAAAAGUUAUAGUCGAUCUGAAAGACGUCCAGAUUCUACUGAUAGAGAAAAACGUAUUAAAGAAGUAAGUCACAGAGACAAUAAGAGACGCGGUGGCAUGAGCGAAGAAGAGAGAGCUGCGAAAUUAGCAGAAAUGGCGGCGGCUGGAGCUGAACGGGAGAUCCAGCGCGGGCGGCGCGUGGCCGAGCAGCGCGCGGCCGAGGUGGCGGACGAGCAGGCGGCGCGCGGCCCGCGCUCCACGCAGCGGGAGGCGCGCGCGCUGCCCACCUCGCUCGAGAGCCGCAUCCACUCCAACAGGCAUUACAUACAGCGCGACAAACGUCAUAUGAAUGAACAUUUCGCGCGCCGAUAACCGACAAAGAAAGAAUGACGAUAAUUUUAUAUACUUAAUAAGAAAAAUAAAUGAAAUAAUCACUUUAAA